AUGGCAACCAAGCCAACUGAGUCCAUCACAAUCCUCAGCCUUCGGAAGUUGAGCCUGGGGACCGCUGAGCCACAGGUUAAAGAGCCAAAGACAUUCACCGUGGAAGAUGCAGUGGAGACCAUUGGCUUCGGGCGUUUCCACAUUGCCCUCUUUCUCAUCAUGGGCAGCACUGGGGUUGUUGAGGCCAUGGAGAUCAUGUUGAUAGCUGUUGUGUCUCCUGUCAUCCGCUGUGAAUGGCAACUGGAGAAUUGGCAGGUGGCAUUAGUAACUACAAUGGUGUUUUUUGGCUACAUGGUUUUCAGUAUCCUCUUUGGCCUCCUGGCUGACAGAUAUGGCCGCUGGAAGAUUCUGCUCAUCUCGUUCCUGUGGGGAGCCUAUUUCUCCUUGCUGACCUCGUUUGCUCCUUCGUACGUCUGGUUUGUCUUCCUGCGGACGAUGGUGGGCUGUGGUGUGUCCGGCCACUCACAGGGGUUAAUCAUAAAGACUGAAUUUUUGCCCACGAAAUACCGAGGCUAUAUGUUACCCUUGUCUCAGGUGUUCUGGCUUGCGGGCUCGCUGCUCAUCAUUGGCCUGGCCUCUGUGGUCAUCCCCACCAUUGGGUGGCGCUGGCUCAUCCGCAUCGCCUCCAUCCCAGGCAUCAUCCUCAUCAUGGCCUUCAAGUUUAUUCCUGAAUCUGCCCGGUUCAAUGUCUCCACUGGAAAUACUCAGGCUGCCGUGGCCACUCUGGAGCACAUUGCCAAGAUGAACCGCUCAGUCAUGCCGGAGGGGAAGCUGGUGGAGCCCGUCCUGGAAAAAAGAGGAAGAUUUGCAGACCUAUUGGAUGCUAAAUAUCUACGGACCACGUUACAGAUCUGGGUCAUAUGGCUUGGAAUCUCUUUUGCCUACUAUGGGGUUAUCCUGGCCAGUGCUGAGCUGCUGGAGCGGGACCUGGUCUGUGGUUCGAAGGCAGACUCUGAGGUGGUGGUGACUGGGGGCAACUCAGGGGAGAGCCAGAGCCCCUGCUACUGCCACAUGUUUGCACCCUCUGACUAUCGGACCAUGAUCAUCAGCACCAUCGGUGAAAUUGCUUUGAAUCCUUUAAAUAUCCUGGGCAUCAAUUUCCUGGGAAGACGGCUGAGCCUUUCCAUUACCAUGGGAUGCACGGCUUUAUUCUUCCUUCUCCUCAACAUUUGCACUUCAAGUGCCGGCCUGAUUGGCUUCCUCUUCACGCUGAGGGCCCUGGUAGCUGCAAACUUCAACACUAUCUACAUUUACACAGCUGAGGUCUACCCCACCACUAUGCGUGCUUUGGGGAUGGGAAUCAGCGGCUCCCUGUGUCGCAUUGGUGCAAUGGUGGCGCCAUUUAUAUCCCAGGUUCUUAUGAGUGCUUCAAUACUGGGGGCCCUGUGUCUCUUCUCGUCGGUCUGUGUUGUAUGUGCCAUUUCUGCAUUUACUCUCCCCAUUGAAACCAAAGGACGGGCCCUCCAGCAAAUUAAAUGAAGACCUGCAAAGCUGUCUACCAGAUGAGAAAAAUGAAUUCUAUCUUCAGAACUGCGGCGCAUUUUUUAAAACUUGGUUUUACUUCUGUAUGCUACUCGGUAAUUAGUAAAGUGAUUUUUUUUUUUAAAGGCAUAUAUGGGAAUGGGGUAGGUAACUCUAUAUUGAUCUCUUCCUUGAGGGACAAUAUAUAAAGUACUUUUAUAAAAUAUAACUUAAGCUUUCAAAGGGGUGUGAAAGGGAGAUGGUGGGGGAAAGAUGGCUUUUAUUCCUUGAAAUCAAGUCUGUAAACCUUUAUAUGAAUAAAUACUAAAUUUUAAACUUA